CAGAUGUUAGGCGCUAACACCCCCUUUUUAUUCAAUAAACUUCGCAAUAGGUUAAGCAAAAAACAUUGGUUUUAAAGCUGUACGUUCUUAUAAUAUUUUAUUGCCACGAUGAGCUGCCAUAGAAUUGUCCAAGUUUUAUUUGCAUAUCAAACUCCGAAAAUUGUUCAGAUAAAUAGUAUUUUGGUUGGUGUCAUCAGUCGUUUAAUCCAGUUAAUCAUAAUUGGUUAUAUAAUUGGGUAUGUAUUGGUUUAUAAAAGAGGAUAUCAAGAGUUCAGUGAUGUUGAAAGUUCAGUCACAACUAAAGUAAAAGGUGUUGCAUUUACAAAUUUCUCUGAUGAGUCUUUUAAUCCUGAAGUGGUGCAUCCAGAAUGGUAUCGAAGAGUCUGGGAUGUUGCUGAUUUUGUAGUACCACCAUCAGAAAAUGGUGCUACGUUUGUUGCUACAAAUAUUAUAAUCACUGCUAACCAGACUCAAGGAACUUGUGCAGAGGAUCCUUCCAUUGAUGAAGCUCAUUGCAAUCCAGACAAUAACACAUGUAUUGCAGGCAAGAGUCUUCCUGGUGGUAAUGGUGUGAUGACAGGUCGCUGCAUCAAAGUCAACAAUGAAAGUGAUAAGUCAACAUGUGAAAUUGCUGCUUGGUGUCCUGUGGAAGAUGAUACUUUUCCUUUAAAAAAUAAGACUGCUCUUUUGGAAGCCAGUAAAGACUUCACAAUCUUAAUAAAAAAUUUUGUAGAAUUUCCAAAGUUUGCUGAUUCUCACAGACGUAAUAUUAAAGAUACGUCCAAUAGUUCCUACUUAAAAAGCUGCCUGUAUGAUCCAGUUGAGUUUCUGGAUUGCCCAAUAUUUAAACUAGGAGAUAUUGUGAAGUGGAGUGGACAGGAAGAUUAUAAUCAAGUUGCUUCUCAAGGUGGCGUCAUUGCCGUGAUAAUAAAAUGGGAUUGCAAUCUAGAUUAUGAUAAAAAGCACUGUUUUCCAUCUUAUGAAUUCAGGAGAUUAGAUGAUCCGGAAGCAAAAUUAGCUCCUGGCUGGAAUUUCAGGUAUGCCAAUUAUUACAAUGAUGACAGACGUACAUUAUAUAAAAUGUAUGGUAUACGACUGUCAAUAAGUGUUGUUGGUCAAGCUGGACAGUUUAGAAUUGUGCCUCUUCUACAAAAUGUUGGUGCUGGUCUUGGAUUACUUGCUUUAGAGGUUGUGAUCUGUGAUGUUGUUGUGUUGUACUUAAUGAAAAAGAGGGUCUAUUUUAAAUCAAAGAAAUAUGAAGAAGUUGAUCCUGAGCGAGAAACUAUCCCUGUAUUGCCUUCAGUGUCUUUAACAAUUCCGGAAACUUCCUCAGUUGAACCAAAAGUUUCUAAACGAGAUAUUGGAGAUGGUUAUGAGAGGCUUGAAGACUAAUGGAAUGAACCAUUUAUGAUCCAGUUAUGAAUGACCGGAUUGAAUUAAAUUCUAAGAUAGACAUGUCAAAGUGCCAAGGAACUUUUACUUAACUGUGAUACAAUAUUUUAACCCUGUGAUAAUUUAAAAAUAUGCAUGCAAAAUUGUAAAUUGGUUUUUAUGUAUCAGCAGGCAAAAUGAAUAUUUGCAAUAAAUAAACUGGGCAUAUUCAUAUUCAUAUUUGUCUGUAAUUCUAAUAAGCAAUAUGAUGUAUGAUUUCUGUAACUAUAGUUAUUCCGUUUUGAGAAAUAGCUAUUCUCUUUCACAUCAAAAUAAUCAGCAUUUGAUUUCAAGUUUUUCUGUGUAAAAUUUUCUGAUUUUAAAUUGUUAUCUAAUUAAUUUUCAUAUCAAGCUUCUAAUUAAUUUUCAUAUAAACAUUUCCCUUCUAUUAAGCAGGUAGUCUUAUUCUUAUUUUGACAACUAGCUUAACCAUCUUGGUUUAUCUGGGGAAAAAAUUCCUACAAAUUUGUGUUUAGUUAGAAAAUGUAGACAAAAAUGUGAGUUUCAUAGAAAUUUUAUUUUUACAUAUUUUUUAUGAAUCUGAAUUUUAUUUUUAUAUAUUUUUAUUUUGAAGAAACAAAUAUGAAAGUAAAUAUGGUAUUUUAGAAUUAUGAAUUUUGCCUGCUUCUUAUUUCUCUAGUCAUUUGACUUGCUUAUGGAUCCAAUUAUUGUACAUUCCAAUAUUGAAAAUGAUACUUUAGAAUUGACUUAAUGUACUGUUAUUAAUAAUAUUGUGUAAAUCUUAUUGACAUUUUAACUGCAAAUGUUAAUGUUUUGAUGCAAGUUUUGUUUACAAAAUGAUCUAUGGUCACUCAGAACUGAAUCUACAUUUUAUAUUGUUUUAGUAUUGAAAAUAGAUCUUUUUUAAAGUUAAUAAAAAAUAUUGAAACAUC